CCAACUUUUAUCCACACCACCAGAAACCCACCUCUUCCAGUAACAAUCACAAUGUCGUCUCUGUGUAAGACACGGCUUCAGGAGGAGCGCAAGCAGUGGAGAAAAGAUCAUCCUUUUGGUUUCUUUGCAAAACCCUGCAAGUCCCCGGAUGGAGGCCUGGAUUUAAUGAAUUGGACCGUUGGUAUCCCAGGCAAACCAAAGACACCAUGGGAGGGUGGUCUGUAUAAGUUGACUAUGAUAUUCCCUGAAGAAUAUCCCACCCGUCCACCAAAAUGCAAGUUCACACCGCCUCUGUUUCAUCCAAACGUAUAUCCCUCAGGCACUGUGUGUCUCUCAAUCCUGAACGAAGAGGAGGGAUGGAAGCCGGCCAUCACCAUUAAACAGAUCUUACUGGGUAUACAAGACCUUUUGGACGAUCCCAACAUUGCUUCUCCAGCUCAAACGGAAGCAUACACCAUGUUCAAAAAAGACCGGACCGAGUACGAAAGACGAGUUCGUAUUCAAGCCCGGGAAAAUGCCGCCUAGGGGGAAAACCUUGGCGUUUGCACGAAUUCCGUUCUGUUCCUAUUCUUUUUCUUUUCGUCGUUAUUUUUUGCUCCUACUGCUGCCGUACGGGUUAUCAUAAAUCGAUCCCACAACUAUCAUUCCCUUGUCAUACCAUGAAUAGAGACAGAAUUAGUGAGAGGGCAGCGAGGGAGCGGGACAACUAAGUUGGAUCUUAUUGGGGG